CUCGAGCCUUUCAAUUGAUCUUACAUUUGAUAAAAAUAAAGGAGAAGGUGGAAUGAUUGCUAUUGGAAAGGAUUCAACGAAUAGGACCAAUGAACCAAUCCCAGAAAGUAAAAAUAAAGUUUUUAAUCAUCCAGUUCCUAAUUUACCCAUGCAUCAACUUUAUGUACUGCAGCCUCCACCAAAUAAGAAAAUGAAAGUACAAUUUAAUGCUGUAAUACAAAAAAGCCUUUGGAAAUGGGAGGAAGGAAAGUCAUUAGUUUACAUUAGAUUUGGACACAUAAUGUUAGGAGAUUGGGAAUUUGACAUUGGUCCAUGUAUUUUACACAGAGAUGCUGGUGGUGGAUUUUAUACCGUUAGAUAUGACAUGUCAAUUGACAGUGACUUUAUAAAAUCUUUAAGGAUUGGUCUGCCAUACAAAUAUACGGUCUAUUCUCCACUAAUAAAAGUGACUAAACAUCAGUAUGAGUGCCUUCAUGGAGCUCCUCCUUUUGAAUGUGCCAAUACAAAUAGGUUACUUAAAGUACCUAAAGAAAAAAUAGUUCCAGGGGGUUUUUACAGACAAUUUGAUACAAUGAUUUUACCUGACACUAAGACAAAAACAACUAAAGGAACUGUCAAAAAAUUGUUUGAUUUAAUUUCAUUAGCAGAACCUAAUGAUCCCACUGCCAGCACUAUUCCUACUCCUGCCAUGAUGCGUUGUAAAUGUAUGGAGAUUCAUUUACAACCAACAAGAGAAAUUCUUUUGAGUGGAAGUUUUAAGGCCAAACUUGAUGUAUCUAUAAAUGGAUGUGUGUCUCUAUUUCGAUGUGUAUUUUUGCAAUGGGUGGAAUACAGAGGAGAUGAGAACCGUUGGGAAGUUCCAGAUAUUGGUUCAUUUUUGAUUGACUGGAUAGAAGCUCUCCUUGUUAUUCUUAAUAAGCAGCAAAGCCAUGCUGUUACUUCAGCUGUUCUUUUGGCCUGUUGUUUAUUCAAAUUAAAUCAGAUUUUCAAUGUUCCUUUUUCAAAUGAGUUUAGAGUUGCAUUGCUUCAAGCAAUGAGUUUAUCAAUUACUAACGGAGAAAAAGAAUUGGAAUUUUUAAUGAGUAUGAUAGGAGAAUCAUCUGAAGCCAAAAAUUUUGUCAUAAUAGUUCUUGUUCAUUACUUAAGAGCAGUUGUAAAAUUGCAAAAGCCUGAGAAUGCCAUAGUUAUUGUCAAUGCUCUACCUUUAUAUCACUUUUUGUGUUAUUUCUCGCUGCCUAAUCAGCCGACAUAUAUUUCACUUCAUAAUAUAACUUGGGGUGAUGCUUUCUUGAUGAUUGAAAUGUUAAAAUCAACAUUGAAGUUUAUAACAGGGUAA